AUGGUCAAGCUGUGCUUUUACAAGUCAGAUAUAACUCCUACCUGUCCUCUUUGUGAUCAAGAACCAGAAACUCUUGACCAUCUCAUUUUGGAUUGUGCCUCUUCCAGAGCAAUCUGGUUUGCCAUGAAUAUAAAUGUUGCAAAUAUUCAGUCAUCCAGCAAUGCAGUAACAUCUUGGAUUAUCAGUUGGUUUUCGGAUCCAUCCAUUACCAAUCAGGAUUACUGGAAUACUUGGAUAAUCAUGGUUAUGAUAACUACUUGGGAGAUCUGGAAAAAUAGAUGUAACAAAGUUUUUAGAAACAAAUCUCCGAACAUAACGAAAUCUGUUAAGAGCAUAAAUUACCAAAUCCAGCAUUGCUUUCAAAUCAUGAUCCAUCGGCAACAACAGUCUACUCUCAACAAGUCUUUGCAAUUUACUUCAACAUGGGAACCACCUUUUAUCGGUCAACUAAAGAUUAAUAUUGAUGUUUCUUAUGAUGAUGUUGAUAAAGAGUUUGGAUUUGGUCUAAUAAUCAGAGAUUAUACAGGUACAUGUAGAGGAGUCCGAGGCAGACACUGCAAUGGAGGACUAAAUGCAGAGCACUCGGAACGUUUUGGAGUUUUGGAAGCUAUCAAAUGGGUGAAAGACUUAAAUCUAUCCAAUCUUGUAUUCGAAUCAGACUGUAUAAAUGUAGUUAACUCUCUAAAAGGUGCUACCCUGGAUGUACAGUGGGAGAAUCAGGGGUUUGUAAUAGAAAUAAGGCACCUCCUUAAUAGUUUUAGUAAUGGCUCUGUUAACUAUGUUAAAAGAACAGCAAACAAUGUAGCUCAAAAGCCGGCCAACAAAGCUAGAACUUCUAGAGCUACUUUUCAGCAUUUUGAAAUCAUCCCAGCAGACAUUGUUGAUCUUCUAAGGGAUGCUUGA